CGUCAACGGUGCUUAUACCUAUGAAUCGAUAACUAUGUGAUAGCACAAGAACCCCAGCGAGACAUAUAAAGCAAGCAUUGCACACCUACUCGUCUUCUCUCAUCUUACCAUCUCAUCUCAUCACCUUAUCUCCCCAUUCAUCUGUAUCAAAAAUCCUCUACUUCCAAAUUCCAGCCAUGCAGCUCACCAUCCUCACCACUCUUCUCGCCACUGCGCUCACAGUGAGCGCCACCCCCAUCGAACUACAGGAGAAACGCCAACUUGAAGGUGCUGCUCGCGUCUACGCCCGCUUCUAUCGGGACGGCGGCUGCGGUCCCUCUCCAUGGGCCGAGGAUACUGUCUUCCUUCAGUCCGAUACUGUGGGACUUGCUGGAUGCCAGGAUCUGACGGUUGGGCCGUUCCCUAGCACCUUCUUCGAUGUCAACAACUUCAGCAGAACCGUGAGAUUCUUCAACCUGCCUUGCUCUCAGCUUACUUCGACUACGAGCGGAAACUUUGUCGAUAUCAAGCCCGGACAGGCCCCAGGGUGCCAGAACUUGGCCAUCCGCUCUUGGGUUACCAUCUAGGUAGCCUCGUAUCGUCGAAUGUUAAAUUCGCGAUUGAUGCGAAAGCGAAAAAUAGAAGCGGCUUCAAAUCAUGGGACCGAUAAUAAAGGUAGAAGCAUCGAGAGUCGCAGAGAAUUUGUGAGAUCAGUCGGGUCCAACACUCCGGUCUUGUCUUGCGGGUGUUAUUUCCUACCUUCUAAGUCGCUCA